AUGUCCGAUCUUCAAAAGGUUAUCAUCAUCGGAGGAGGGCCAACCGGCCUCGCAGCUGCCCUCUGUUUAGCCCAGCACAACAAGCUGAGCCCUGUAGUCUACGAGCUCCGGGACUCAGUAACUGCAGGUCUCGGCGGCUCUCUGGGUGUUCCUGCAAAUGGUCUUCGUGUGCUACACCGUCUCGGCAUCUGGGACAUACUCUCACCCCGCAGCGUCGAUGUAUCCAAGACUGUCCUUCACUCCACAUCUGGCACCAUCAUCCACGAAGUCGACGUGUCCACUGACUGCAAGGAGAAGACAGGAUUUGGGUAUCUUCGGAUCAAUCGGGUAGAUCUGGUCGAAUGUUUGCGUGAAGCCACGGAAAAAUACGAGAUCCCCAUACACUACGGCAAACAGCUCACUUCCAUUGUUGAUCAUGGGGACACCGUCACUGUUGAAUUUUCUGACGGUACUAGUGUCAGUGCAUCUCUUCUUCUGGGCUGCGAUGGAAUCCACUCCGCAGUGCGCAAGAUACACAUCGACGCAGAUGUCUUGCCCGAGUAUUCCGGUAUCUCAGCCAUCUCCUCAAUUGUGGACGAUGUCAUAGAUCGAGAUCCUGAAGAUCCAGCCUGCAUGCACGCCACACGCACGCCGCACGGGCUAUUGGCGACUGCACCCUGUCCUGCCAAUAGAGUCUUCUGGUUCUUCAGCAAAGAGGUGCCUCUGCCGCCGGGCCAGAGCUCGGCCGAGGUCCGCGACGGCUGGACUCUCCACCGUCAGAAAGAGCUGGAGGACUGUCGCAGUCAGUUAUCAACUGUGCUUGACUGCGUGCAUGGCGAUUGGGGUCAAUACCUGCGGAAGCUGGUCGACACUAGUACGGACGUGCAUUUCUACCCGCAUUAUCGUCUGCCGCUUGGUGGUCGGUGGUUUAUACCCUCGGGUACCGCACAAGGAUCGCCCCGCGUCCUACUGAUGGGGGACGCUGCACAUGCCGUGCAACCCCAUGCUGGACAGGGUGUAGGUCUAGCCAUGGAGGACGUGCUACUGUUUUCUGGACUGUUGGCCCAGUAUCAGGCUGGUGACUGCAAGGCCUUGGAAGAUGUGUUUACCCGAUUCGUUAAGAUCCGUCGCCCACGCAUUCAGCGCAUUUAUGAGAUUGCCUCUCACAACGGCAGGAUGCGCCGCAACCAGUCGCCGUGGGUGGUGUGGUGUAAGGAGUGGUAUAUGUGGGUCAUGCGGUUCUGGGGCAUGUCUAUGUCAGGCGUGGAAAAUGGAGAUGUCUAUUAUGAUGUGGAGGCAGAGCUAAAUUCGGACACUGCUUGUUGA